CCUGUCGUUUACCAAACCAGACAUCUCUCACGCACAAAUUGGAGGGAUCAGCUCAAAAUCUGAAAACAGGUGAAAAAAAUGGAGGAAGCCAAAGCAGCAGCUUACUACGAUGAGCUAACUCGAAAAGGCGAAGGCGCCGCUCGGUUCAAGCGAGGCCUCGGCUUCUCCAGCAACGACGACGACAAUUUAGCGCCGUCGAGAGGAUCAGCUCUCGCUUCUUCUACCUCAUUUCUCAGCAAUUUUGUAAAAUCAUCAUCAGACCCUACACAAAUCUCCAAAUAUGAAAAAGAAGCUCAGCUUCAAUCCAUUCAAAACAAACUCAAAAAGAAUAAACUGAAAGACGAGCCAUCGUAUAAGGUUUCCGGCCAUGGAGACAGCCAUAGGCACAGGCAUCGGUCUAGAAGUAGAGAUAGGGAUAGAGACAGAGAUAGGCAUAAUUCUCGGCGGAGUAGGAGUAGGAGCAGAAGUAGAGAGAGAUAUAAGGAGCGGAAAUCAGACAGAAGAAAUCGUAGUAGGAGUCCGUCGCUGCAAGGAAGGCGGAGGUCGGAGAAGAGCUCUAGGAACGGUGAUGCGGCGCCGGCGAGAGAUAGAAAGGAGACGAAUUAUUCAAAGUUGAUUCGAGGCUAUGAAAAUAUGACAGCAGCUGAAAAAGCUAAGGCAAGGACGAAGCUUCAGCUCAAUGAAACUGCUGAAAAAGAUACAACAAAGGGAAUGGGUUCUGGUUGGGAACGAUUUGAGUUUGACAAAGAUGCCCCUCUUGAUGAUGAGGAAAUUGAAGCUGCAGAGGAUGAUGUAGCACUAGUGAAACACAUUGGUCAGAGCUUCAGAUUUUCUGCUGUUGAGGCAAAAAAGGAGGAUCAAAUUAAAGUUGCUCAUGAUGCUGCCAUGUUUGGAGCACCAAUCCUAGGAUCGAUGAUUUCAGACAGCGAAACGGAGGCUGACAACAACGAGAAGGAGAGCAUUAAAACUGAUGUUGCUGCCAGCCUUCUAAGUGAGAAGGUGCUUGCAAAGCAACAAGGCUCAUGGCGUGACAGGGCUCGUAAAACAAAAGAAUAGUUGGAUGAAGAAGGUGCAUAAGAAGGAACAUGCGUGGGUACCGAAAAUUACCACAAAACGUUGCACUCCGUAAUUGAAAGUAUGUUCGUCAAAAGAAUUCAUUAGAGGCCUUCUGCGGUAUAAAAUACCGCUAGGAAAAAUCCCCUAGUUUCAAUGAGAUGUAGAUGAACAUGGGAGUAUUAGCAUAGGUUACAAGUUUCUUAUGUGUAUACAUAGUUUAUAUAUGCAUGCUGAAAAAAUAUCAGCUUCAAUUCCUGUAGAAUCAUGCUAAUCCUUGUACAUUUAAUUUUAAACUGUCACUGCAGACUUAA